UGGUCUAGCGGAGGGGGCGUGGUCUGGUAGAGGAGGCGUAGUUUGCCAGAGAGUUAUUUUCAACCGCGCUCUCAGUCGCCGUCGCCGCCUGUUCCUGCGGCCUGUUGUCGUCCACCUUCUUCGCUCACUCCUCGCUCUCUCCGCGCGUCCGCCCUCUCCGUUGUCCACCCCUCUCGGCCUCUGCGCCGCGGGGGGAGAUGAAGAGGAAGCGGCCCAGCGCGGCCGGGGGGAGCGGCGCCGCCAAGAAGAGUUUGGUGGUCCAGGUGACGAAUGGGCUCAGGAGCAGAGUGGGCUCGUGGAUCCAGGGGAUUUUCCGGCCGGACAAUGACAGCGAGUCGAGGGUCACUUGGAGCGAUGACAGUGGCUCCUCCUGCGAGGAGGCGGAGGAGAAGCCGGCCUCUUGGGGCGACUCCCUCGUGCUCGACCCACCCUCCUCCAGCAGGGGUAGCAGCAGCCCCACUCAAACAAAUGCCCUUGGCGCCAGCUCGACUGCUGAACACAGGGCGCCUCUUGGCAACGACCGUCCUGAACAUCGGUCCUUCAGAGAGGGGUUCGCUUUUAGGGGCCCCGCAUCCCCAGCUAAGGCACUCCUACAGAAGCCUCCCCCUGCCAGGCCGUGCAAAGACGUUGCGACGCAGUACGAGGAGGAUGACGACAUGUCUUCUACGAGCGGCUUCUCGUCGCGCCACUCUGACAGAGGUAUCACUGACACAGUCAUGUCAUGGACCCUCAAGUGUGAGGAGGCCCAGAGGCCUGGACACAGCAAUACGAGUACCAGCGACAUGAGCAGAAGGAAAGACUCUGCUGCGGUUCACUUGAGUUCGAAGAGACUGGCAAACGAAUGCUUGGAUAAGCAGAACGUGUCGUACAAGCGGACUCGUGUCGCCUCUGACAACCCGGCACCUGCAUUUUCAUCGGCCUGCGCUCCACCAGAGCUUUUCAAAGCUUCCUCCGAGCGUCCCGGCCGGACCGAGGCCGCACCCUGUGACGUGGCCCAGCAGGCCGUGCGGAAGAUCCUCCGUUCCCUGGAGACCAUGUCCUCCCCUCUUGCCGACGCUAAGAAGAUUCCACUGAUGGCGUCGUGCAUCGAGAUGAAGAAUGACAGAAAGCAUCAAUCAGAAACAGCCCCUGCUUUCUCGUCUCCCUUGAAACGCCUGCGGAUUGCCGGCGUCUCGUGCUCGCCCACGGAGCACAGAGGGACGUGCCUUAAAGGCCUGCCACCGAGCGAAACUUCCGGUGAAACUCGGAGGGAACGCAGUGCAAAGCGAACCCCUAAGCACAGCCCUCACGCCAGCACGUCCUCCAUGCCGGACACGAGGUCCGCGUCCUCCCCCGGCACGUUGGGCCGGUACUGCCGCCCGCCACUCGACCGAGCAGAGAUACCUGUGGCACGCGGCGAGCGAAGGGUGGCGGCGCGCGAGCUCUCCCAGCAGACGACAGUCAAAAGUCCACCUUUGGUGGUUGCGGAAGCAAGGGCUGAGAAGGAAGAGCAGAGUGAGCGUGUGAAGAGGACGCCGGAGCGGAGGAGCAGUGGUCACUUCACCGCAUUUCUGGCAGACGACGUGAAUGACCUUGACGACAUCGAGAUGGAACCACCUUCCAACUCCCAAGCAUUUAAAAAUAUUGACAAAGGUUACAUGUCCGGCUCGUCUUCCACCACCUCCUCGUCAUCCUCAACGCCCACCAAGGGCCUGGUGACCAACGCUUCGGCCUCGACCCUCGUGCCGGCCAGUAGAUCUCCAACUUCCUCAAGAAUCUCGGAAGACGCCGCCACCAGUGGAGCGGAAGGAGACCCUUUCUGCCCUCCCGCCGACGAGUCGAAGGGCAAGUCCUCGUUUUCAAGCGAGAGCAGGGCCGCCAGCGCCUGGGAGUGCGACACGUGCCUUGUGUGGAACUCCGGGCGGCGUCUGCGCUGCGCCGCGUGCGAUGUGCCGCUGCCCAGCGUGCUGGCGCUUCGCUCCAUGCUGGUGCCGCGCCCGUCCGGCAGAGACGCGUCCGAAAAAAAGGCGGGCGCCGCGGGGCAGGGCUCGGACGAUCGGCCUGAUGGCCCGUCACCACCUGGCAGCACAGGGCUGGACAGCAACACAGAAGGGGAUACAACCAGCGUGGAGGUGGCAAACGACGCGGCUCAGGUGGAAGUGAACAGCCCGGCGGGUCCUCCCACAAUUCCACCAAGCUCGCUCGCAUCCCAAACGCUGGCGCCACAGCCGGGGCUCCCCGCAGGCAGCGGUGACAUCGAUGCCGACACGGCUGGGAGCUCGGCAGCUUCUCAGACGAAGGCUUCCGAGAUCGUCGUGCCCAGUGCCAGCAAGGCCGCUUCAGAUGGCGCCGUGCCCACAUCUGUAACCAUCGGUCAUACGUCCGAACCACCAAACACCGCACCGACGGCAGGGUAUUGUUUCGGAAGCAAACCAAUCACGUCAGCGGCUGCCGGAAUGUCAUUCCAGUUCGGAAUCGGCGGUGGCGGCCAACAACCCCAGCCCCCCGCGGCUGUGUCAGGUCUCACAGGGGUGGCGUCCGCACCCAUGCCGGGAUCGGGCCAAGUGCUGGACCAGCAGGGGGACGUGGUCGGGAAGCAGUCGCUAGAUGCCGCGUCUGCGGCGGAGAAGCAAACGCCACAGUUCUCGUUUGGAUCCUCGGCGAGCGGCUUCAAGAUCGACUUCUCUGGGCUGCAGCAGCAGGGCCUGGGCUUGAGCACGGCAUUCCGAUUCGGAGAGGCCGCCAUUGGUAAAGAUUGUACGGAUGGGCCCCUUAGCAAUCCUCCUCCAGCAUCCACCGCAGCCGCCCAGCCUGGCAGCACCGGUGUAGCCAGCAGCAGCAGUGACACGAAGCCCAAUACUACCGACGGGCACCAGCUGGCACAGAACUCGGUCGCGUCCAGCAUCAACUUGCCCGGCGUCGCUCUCAUGACAAACCCCUCCUCGCUUAUUGAUACUAGCUCCGCAGGAAUCACAGCCGCUGCCGCCACCAGCAGAUCGAACACCAGCACGGCCGCCCCCGCUUCGUCCUAUUCCUCGCCGAUGCCGGGGCUGCACGCCGCGUCCGCCACCUGUACCGUGCCAGCGCCCGCUGCCCCUGGCGCAAGCAGCGGGAUUUCGGCAGCCGCUCCCACUUCCUCCGCCUUCUUCACAUUCGAAUCCUUCACUCGGGCCAAUGGCAAGACGGACGCAGCGACGGCGGUGAGCGGCACCAACACCGCCCCCAGCACCACGGCUGGCUCCCUUUUCACCUUCGCCAACACGGCCACCGCAAACUCAAGCGGUGGCGCAGCGGCCGCGCCGUCGUUUGUCGUCAUUGGAAACCCGCUGGGCACACUUGGCGGCUCCGGCUUAAACCCCACGUUCAGCGCCGCUAGCUCCGCUGCGAACACCGUCAACAAACUCUCCUUCGCCUUCGGGAAUCCCGCUUUGCCGACAACCAGCAGCACGGCGGUUGUCGCGCCGACGGUGGCGUUUGGCGGAUUGGCGAACGGGGCUUCGGCUUCCGCGGAACCCGAAUCGAGCGUUUCCGUCGCGGCUGCGGCAAGCGGCACGGGCAACCCUUUCGUGUUCGGCGUGGCGUCGUCCAGCAGCAGCGCCGCAGGGACCACCGUGCCCAACUUCACGUUCGGCAAAAGUACCGCCGGCGCCCCUCUCCCGGCCUCCACCGCGGCUGGGAGCGCCCUCUCAGGAACUGGAGGCAACGCGGCCGCUCCCACCUUAACGUUUGGGCAAACGGCCCCACCUGUUGCCGCGCCAAGCGUCGCCGCGUCGCCGUUUACGUUUAAAGGCGGCGCCGUGAACGCCGUCGCCACGACCGCGGCGCCACUCUUCAACUUCGGAGCCAUCCGUACAUCGGGCAACCUGGCGACGACCAACCCGUCGAUAUUCACGUUCGGGAGCGGCAGCAGCGCCGUGAAAACCAGCACGACCAUCGCGCAGGCGCCCAUCUUCUCGUUCGGCAACGUGACGUCCGCAGCCACCGCGGCGCUCUCCACAAACGCGCCUCCGCAGGGCGCCGCCGGCGUCACGAUCCAGCCGUUCCAGUUCGGGGCGACCGCCACGACCGCCGGGACCAGCGCCGGUGCGAACGGUGGCAACUUUGCUUUCGGUGGCGCACCUUCUGGCGCCGCCCCGGCUCCGACGUUUGCCAAACCAGAAGCGCCGACCUCGGUCUUCAAGUUCGGAGCUUCUGGUGCUGCCAACAGCGGAGGAACGCAACCGGCUGGGUUCGCGUUUGGCACGACCGCGCCGUCAGCUGUCGCCACUCCACCAACCGUGCCGGCGCUGUCCUUUGGGCUGCAGGGUGGCAGCAAGCCAGAAGUGGCAGCUGGAUUUUCAUUCGGAGCUGCCGCUCCGGCUCCCGCACCUGCCCCAACUGCCGUGCCGCUGUUCAACUUCACAAAUGCCGAAAGCAACAACAGCAACAACAAUGCCGGAUUUAGGUUUCCGUCCAACACCAAUCCUGCAGCCUUCGGUGCUCAGCCCAGCAGUCAGCCAGGUUUCGGACAAACAGGCAAUCCGGCGCCUGUGUUUGGAUGCUCACCCAACCCCUCGCCAGUAUUCGGGCAAGCGGCCAAUCAGACGCCAGCCUUUGGGCAGGCAACCAAUCACGGGCUGGCUUUUGGACAGCAGGCCAACCAAGCUGCCAUGUUUGGGCAAGCGACUAAUCAGGCGUCAGCUUUUGGUGCUGCUGUGUCUGCGUUCAGCCAGACAGCCAAUCAAAAUGCAGCAUUCGCGUCGCAGUUUGGACAGGCGACCAAUCCACCCCCUGCCUUCAAUGCUACUCCUCCCACCAACAACGGCUCGUCUCCAUUUGCGUUUGGAGCGAACCAGCCCACGCCGCAGCCCUUCCCUGCCUCGAGUCGUCCCACGUUCACUAUCGGCUCGGCAGGCAGCAACCGGGGAAACCCCCACCGGCGGAUACGCACGGCGCGGCGCAGGCGAGAUCAGAACGAGCCGGCGCACUUCCACUGAGUCUGCACCUGGGAUGAGACAUGCAGGUAUUGGUGUCACGCACGCUUGCUCCGGACUGAAGUUCCAUCGGUCAGUCGCUCCUCAAUCCCAUUCGAGAGGCUGAACAGCGCUCCUGCAAGCAACUGCUAGGAUGCAAGGUUGUACCUGGAGUGAAGUUGCAUGUCAGGAAUGGAGAAUGGAAUGGAUAGCUUCUGCAGGCGACGACAAAGAGACUUCACUCUGUAGCCGACAGGCACACAAGGUGCAACGGUGCGCGUUUCGAACAUGGUUUGGAAAGAAAGGGGCCUCGUCAUGAAUCUCUGGCUUUCUGCUUUGAGGUUUGAGUCCUUUAAUAGGAGCGUUCAAAGGCUAAUGUGUUGAAAGGUAACAAACCAGCGAGCGUUAGGCUGAGAUGGUUUUAGAACGCUAGGUUUAAGAUGAAUGGGAAUACUAUUAAUUUAAAUUCUUAAAAUAUAUUAGCUUUACUUGAGCUGAUGUCGGCUAUUUAGCGCGAUGUAUUAUAAGGCCAAUGUAAGUAACAUGCAGUGUGUAUGCAUGGUCAGUCUGAUAUUUUUCAACUUUUUCCAUAUGCCAGCUCAUGAAUUUCCACAUUGUACAUUGAGAUAAGUGUAACUCAACUCAUCUGUUAUUACAUAGCUUAGUCAAUUGGCCUGUUCUCUUGUUUUAAUUUGAAAUUGGUUUGUUUGCCACAAAUCUAUGUUGGCUAAUUUAAAAUCGUUAAUGACCUUUUUAACGUGUAAGAAAGAAUUUCACAAAUAGUUGCCUAGAGCUGGCAGAGGUGAGGGGUACUAAGAUCGUCAUAUUUUCGUGGAUAUUGUACAAUUUAAUGUUCCAACUUUAAAUGUUAAUAUAUUGCGAUGGAACUCGCUUAAGUGGCUGUUCUGAUAAUAAUAAUAAGAAUAAUUUGUCCAUUUAAUUAUAUUGCUGAAUUAACAGAAAAUGAACUGAAAUGGACAGAUUUGCACUUGGUGUUUUUGGCGGGCAAAAGCCGGACGUUGAAAGUAUUGGCUGAGGAAAUGCUGCCGCUUUCUGCGAUGCAGGGGACAGUUGCUGCUGUGCUGGCCAAGUUAAACAUUGGGCAGAGGAUUCUAGAGAGUUGUUGAAACGUUUAGGUUGCUGAGCCAGGACACAAGGAGAACAAAUAGAUCUGGAAUGGAGUUGUGAUGAAUAUGAGGUCAUGUGAACUCUCUGACAGUGUGAUCCUUGAGAAUGCAUUCAAUGUUAAGCCAUAACUUUUUGGCCUGCGGUCUGCACAGUGAGUGUUGUGGCUCAUGGUCGCAGCACAGGUAAAGCAUGUCCUUAGAAUCGUUGCCAAAAAUAAUAAUACACAUCUUUAGGAACACUGCAAAAGAAAAGCCCUGGGUUUGGGUAAAUCACUAUUUAUUGGUGUGUUUGUAAGAGGUACGAUAUUCACAUUGGAUUUGAUCGGCUGUUGUUUUCAACAAAGACGCUGUGUAUAGUUUACAUUUAAAACGUACAUGUGUGAAGAUUGUAACACGCAUUUAGGUUGAGCCGACUGUGGAGUGAAGGGCAGGACAUUUGUAAGUAAGAACUUAACUCCUCUGGCUUACUGACGUGUAGCUGCAGUACUUAUUGGCACCUUAAGUUCGCAUUGAAGUCGAUUGCACAUUGUUGUCACCUAGUUUGACGCAAUACCGUAUUUGAUAUCUUCCGAUGGGAUCCAAAAAAACAUUAAUGUUUAAAAAACGAUUUACUGUGCGCAAUGUGCAGCAAAGAGAAUUGCGUUUUGGUAUUUGCGAGUGGGUCGGUCGACUGUUUUUGCUCCGUCUCUGGAUUUGGCCAAAGUGAACUUCUGCCACCCAGUGGCGACCAGGGUUUGGUUUACUUCACAAGCAGCACAACCGGGGGUAUUUGGCAAUAGGAAUCACAUGUGCCAUUGGCUUGUUACGUGUACGCUACACUACUUACUGCCUAUUGGAACACCACCGGCUGAGAGGCAUCCAGGUUGCCAGGUCACUGCAGGUGUUACAGCUUGCUUCGUUUAGCUUUAGUUUUUGGCUUGGUUUGCGUUUGAGUACUCCUAACGACAUGUUGUGCUGUUGUAUUUACUAUAAGGUGAAUGUGCGUGACGGUGCAUCGCUGCAUAUUACUUGUUCUCGUGACUGCUGGCAGAAGGGCUUCCGUGAACAGCUGCUCUCGAGAGGCCUUCUAGAGAGGCCCCCUCUGGAGGGUAGUGGGAUAGUGUGUCUAACGCUGUUGUUUUCUUCAGCGGUUCAAACCACAAUUUAGUCUUCGGCAAUGCGUAGUUAAUGAGCAAGCUGACAAACGUGUCGUUUGCAAUUAAAUUUGUAAAGUAUUAGUGUAUUACACGUGAGACGUGAGCGUGUUUAGUGACGCUGGUUCGGUAAUUCACUGCAAGGAAGACGUGAAAAGUGAAUGGUCAACGUGGAUGCACGAUUACAGGCAGUGCCAUGAUGUUGGUGUCGUUGGUAUUUGGUCACCACGCAUGUAAUCAUUCAUCCCCUCUCCCCUUCUGUCUCUCACGUCUUCUGUUAUUUGUGCUGCCGUAUCUCGCAUGGCCUGUCUCACUCUUCUCAACCCGUUAGCCUAAAGAAACACACACUGCCUACAUUUGCAUUAAUCAUUAACGAUGUAUUCUCACAUGCACAAUUUGUUGCAUGCGUAAUCGAUUUUAAUUCAUGAUUCAGUGAAUCAUUCAAGUUAAAAGUGCUUUCUUGCUUACUUGGGCAUUGAGACAGUGCUUAUCUCCUGUUUACAGCCAUGAGCCGUUGGUGGGAAUUCCACACUUCUAUGGCCGGGUGCGAGUCUAUCCAUAGGACAGCCCGUGUUGACUUCCCCACAAAACGGUACUCAUUUUAUCGACUCCAAAAUUCAAGUAAUUACUCGGGCUGCUUCUGACUCAUUGUGCAACUAACUAGAACUCAACUGCUGAUGCCCUGGUAAUUAUUUUUUUCUAGAUGAUGAACCGAGUUCAUCCCCAACCAGGAUUUCAUCUCACAGUCUCGCGAUUGCGAGCUACCGCUGAACCAUCAUUGCACACGAGGCAUCCCAGUAUCCAAUCGGAGUGAGGAUUUGCGAUAUCAGCGUGGUCUUGUGGAACUUAUUGCUUCACGUGCCUCUCGGCGAUACGCAUUGCGACAUACAUUAGCAAUUCACAAUAUAUUUUUUUAUUGAUGAGAUUGCGUUAAGGGUCGAAGUGCAUUGGAUAGGGUGGUGAGAUUGCUCUGUCGGUCCAAAGUGUGUCCAUAAGCAACGUUGCCAGGCUCUGUCUACAGUGUAAGUGGGCUGCUGGAAUCGGGAGCCAUAUGGAUUUCAACAACGUCAUCAUCUGAUCAAUCUCAUCAGAUCUUGUUAGCCGAGUAGAUGCGAGGCUGGAUAGUGCUUGGGGUUGGGGGAACUGCCAUGCACAGUAAGGUUGACAUAGGUGGCUGUGGGACCACAUGGUGGACAGUACAACAAUGUUGAGGGAAGUCAAGAAAAUACGUUGUGUUGUACUUCUGUGCUCCCGCAUCUAUGCUCCCCACCUUCACCAAUUAGCGCGAUCAAAUAACCUCCGUGACCGGCACGGCUCUCAUCCAGCAGUGGAUUGAUAAAGGGCUGCACAUAGAGAUGUAUGUCGUCCAAGGAAGAAUGAGGGAAUUCGUGUAGGUCAUUCAUAGUUGUUUCUUAUUCCAGCUUGGUUUUUUUAAAUAGUUUUUUUCUUGUUUCAGUGUGUGUGUGUGUUGAACACUGCUUCUGUCAUUAAAUUAGCCAUUAUUGCUUUGACACUGCCGCGUGGGUGUCUUAGGCAAGGCAGGCACAGGCUUGUGAUGGCACCUCAGGGGAUGGUGACCCGACAGAAUAUGGUAAGGUGGAAGAGACAUGGUAAUCCUACCGUCCAUUUUGCAAAAUAUAAUUUUGAUCUCGCUUAUCCGUGUUAAUUUAAUUUAUUAGAUAUUUUAUUUGCUGACCAUGUGAAAUGACAAAUUCGUUACUUAAAUUUGUAAGCAAAGAGCCAUUGUCCAUUAAAUUAGUGCUUUGAAAAAUGUUUUUUUAGCAAUUUAUGGCAUUGGCUAUUACAUGCUGUCAUUUUUCGAUUCAAUGGAAUUCAUAGUUUCCUGUGCACAUAUCGGCAGGAGUGUGCAUAAGCGUUUCAGAUUGUAAAAUUUGCAAGGAAAAGAAGACGUGGCCAGCUCAUGUUGAGUGAACUGCAGUUGACAAGCUUAGUCACAGCAGAGCACAAAAACAAGUCAACAGCAAAUGUGAAAUACAAUUACAAAGUUACAGGAAACUAACAUCGCGGUAACCAUCACAUCGGGAGUUCUCGCAGCGCGAAAAAUUAUAUCACGCUAAGCCCAAUUGGGUUCCGAUUAGACACAUUCACGCACAGAGUGAACUUGGGUGAAGGGUUGCGGGCCUACGAUUGCUGAAGGCAGUUGCAGGGCUGCUCUGUCGGGCAGCCGUGCCCGUUGGUAACAGGGUUCUUGCACGACGUGCUUUGUGGUUUGCGAUGGAUAGCUUCUGGGUCGAGUCCUUCCCCCUCCGCUGCAUGCCAGCGUGGCGCAAUCACCGCGGCCGCUUUAGGAGGGUGCAAGGUGUAAGUAGCCCUUAUCGUCGUACGUGAACUGCGUGUACAAUUACAUAACCGCGUCGAGCUUAUUUCCGUGCUGGUGAAUGUUGCCGAUUGACUUGAAUUUUUUCGAAUGAACUCUAUAAUACAAGUGAUAGCUCUGAAGGGUGGGGGGGGGUGGGAGUGUGGCUCGGUUGGAAGUUGUUCGUCAGAACUUGUUUGUGUUCCCGAGGUGCAGAAAGUGCACUGUUGAUGGAUUGCCAGGCCUAAUGCAAGGCAGAAUGUAAAUAUUGAGCGUCACAUUGCAAUAAUUUGAUCGCGAUAAUAAACGAUACACACUGAUACCACCAACUCCAGCGUUCGCUGCAUGCUUGUGGAAAGAACACUGAUUAUGCAAUUACCUGCGGCAUUUUAAGUCUGCAGGUCUUUGUUCUGCGCUGGUCCAUUUUUUUUUUUAAGUGUUGCAUAAGGCGUGAACCGUUCACAACUCGUGGUGUAGCUUAUUAACCAGUGUGUGCAAGGUAUUCAUAAAGUAAGGUCCCUGGUUUACUACAAGGCCCGGAGCUCUGGACUAAUGUUGAGUGUGUGUUGGGUGUGCAAGACAAUUCCUUUGCAGGUAUUGUCUACCUUGCCACCAUUCCCAACCAUAACCACAAUUAGGGUAGAGCCGGGCCAUUAUCGGAUUACUGUAUUAUAUCGAGAUGACUAUAGUAAUUGGAAUACUCUUUCUAUUAUUGGUUCAAUUUAUUCGACCAAUUGGAUAACAUGAAAGAGUUGGAGGAAAAAAAAGUGUCACCUCUGCGAACGCCUCCCCUCACGUGCCGCUGGUCGGGAGGUGAUGAGCAGGGCUUGGUGACAUCAGCUCCAUCACGCCGGGCGUGGCUUGUAGGGGGUUUCCUGCCUUCAGGAGGCGGCUGUGGGGGGUGGCCGCCAUUUUUAAAGGGGUCCAAGCGUUCAACCAUAAAAAAAUGCACAAGAUUGAAAUUUUGGCUAAUCGACUAAAUCGACUAAUUGUCCCAGGAAAUCCAAAGGGAUGUGCAUUUCGAUGAAGUAAAAGUGGAUGAUACUUUAUGAAUGCCUUUGCUUGUGUUUUUUUUGUAUUGUUACCUAAAGACAAAGUAUUAUUUUCAUGUUUGAUAGGGGCAGCAAUACUGCAGAGGGAAUUUGAUAGUUUAUGAAUUACAGUCAUAAUAAUCAUCAUCAUUCCUUAACAUUUGUGAUGGUGGUGGUGUCAAGGUUAAACCUUAGGCUCGUUGUAAAUAUGAGUGGAAUGACUGUCUUCCAAGGUCCACGUUACCACUGCAAAAUUGCUAACUCUACCUCAAAGCGUUGCUUGCUGUAGUGUUUAAUCUGACGGGGCUCAAAUUGGGCGUGAGCACUGAGGCAUUACUCCUGAUCCGUGGGUAAUGUUUCGGUUAUAAAAUGUGGUUAAUUGUGCAUUACUAGAAUUGUAUCUUCAUGUACAUUGUGUGUGUGUAUACUGGGGUAUUCGAUCUUCGCGAAAAGCUCUUGCCCCAACUGCCUGUGUGGGCUUCACCGGAUUCUUUGUCUUUGUGCAUGAGUGGAGUCGUGGCAUAGUGGUUGUUAGCGCCCUGUGCGGUGACUUUCCGAACCCGUCAUGGGCCUCUCCCCUAUGUCGACUAAGCCUUAAAUGAGUAACUAUUGCAAUCUUUAAUCGUUAGCACUGGGGGAGACCGAGCCGGAAAGGCGUAGUGCUGUCAACACCGCCGCCUCGCCUGUCCUGGUCUUAACAGACGCUCGCUAACAGCACUUGCCCCGACAUCCUGUUUGGCUAUAUGGGGGAUCUUUGCGUAUAAUACACACACACAUUGUACGUUUACACAUUUACUUGUGUAUGGGAGGGGCUCUCAAAAUGUUUUGAGAAUGUGCUACUAACAUUGUGCGGACUUACUCGAAACCACUUGAUUUUUUUUAUUCAGUCCUUACAUUAUUGCACUUAUUACACGAUUGUUACAUAAUAUUGGAGUCAAAAUUCCUUAACGUAAGAUCAAUGAGACCAAUGUUAUUGUCAUUCUCAAGGUGUUUUGAUUGCCUGUAUUAUCUAGAUGUAUAUUUCCCUUGUAAUGGUUAAGAGAAUGUUUAAUGGUAUUACUUUUAUUUUAUUAUAAUUUCUUUUUAUAUAUUUUAAAAUAUGUUUCGUAAUUUGUCUAUGCAGUCCUUCUUAUUCAACGUUGCCAAACACCGCUGGCGUUAAAUGCUCGGGAGGAGAGGUGAACGAAUUAGGGCACUCGCGUAAAUUUCUACAGUCGGAGCAAACAUUUUCAACGUUUAAGAAAGGUGGUAUUUAUUUUUGUACUCUGCUAAACGGACGGCCGCUGGUGGAUUUGGAUAAAGAAAACGUUUGCUCGCUGGCGAUGCGAUUAGCGUGCCCCGAGGCAGGAAAACAAGACGGCUUGUGCGUACUGCGCGCGUGUGUGGCCUUGCGAGACUACAGUCGAGCCUUCGUGCAUCCGCCCCUCGGCGCGCUCUCGCGAUGUCGUGGUCGUACCGGAGAGAGCGAGAGAGAGAAACAAAACUGUCGCGAAUCUUCCUCUCAUUACUUGUUUGUGGGGUCAUUUUGUCACCAAAACAAAGCGGGGUGGGAGAGGUUAAGAGUUGUGUUUUUAAUAAGUUUACAUGACUUAUCGUAAUGUAUUUGUUGUAUUAAUCUCAUUAAAUACAGGAUAGAAGACA